AAUAUCGAAGUUACUUGUCAGAUUGUUAAAAAUGUCUCGUGCUGUUUUCACAGUGCUCCUAGUGAUUGGCGUGCUUUUUAGCAUAACUGGUGCACAACAAUGUCCGGAAAAUAUGCAGUAUACCACUUGUGGAUCAGCAUGUCCACGAUCGUGCAUCCCAAAUUCUGGCCGAUGCUCAAAGGAUUGCGUCGUUGGAUGUCAAUGUAAUCCAGGUUUUCUGCUCAAUUCUCAAGGAAACUGCGUAUUACCUGAAAAUUGUUAAAAAUCGAACCACAGUUUUAUGCACCUCUAAAAAUGUAAAA